AUGAGUCCCCUGAGGCUGCGAGCAUCAUCCCUCCUGCUGCUUCUUCUUCUUCUGCUGCUGCUGCUGGGCGGCUGUCUCCUCGCGGCCGCCCGGAGGGACCCGGGGGCGGCGGGCAGCUCCGCGGCGUCCGCCCGGGGGCCCGGGGGCGGCUCCCCCGGCCGCUUCCUCGGCCCCGAGCGCCAGGCGUGCAGCCGGCAGCUCGCGCGGUCCGCCCCGGGGCUGCGGCUGCGGUGCCGGGGCGCGGGCGGGGAGCGCCGCCGCUGCGCCCGCCGCGGGGAGCCGCCGCCCCGCCGGGCCCCCGCGCCGCCCCGGGCCCGCCUGUGCGCCGCGCCGCGCCUGGUGCCCCGCGCGCCCCCGCCCGCCGGCCCCACGGCGGCCCGCCUCCCCCCGCAGGAGCCCAAGCCCCGCCGGGCCGGGAGCCGGGGGCGGCCCCGGGAGCCCCCCGCGAUCGGCCCCGCCGCCGCCGCCGCCGCCGCCGCCGCGGUGCCCCCGCCCCGGGGCGCGCGCCCCAAAGGGAAGCCCUCGGAGGAGAGGAAGACGAGAAAGACGAAAGGGGGCAAGAGGAAGGCGGCCCCGGGCCCAGGCGAGGAGCGGCGACCCCUGGGGACAGGGCCGGAUGCCCACGGGCUGGACCCGAACGCCAAGUUCGAGGGGACCUACUGUGCGGAGGAGUGGCGCUCCCUCUGCAACUUCUUUGUUGGCGUUUGGAACGGCUAA